CUGCUUCGUUUCUUCUAUCUCACCAUUUUGUUGAUCACUCGCUUCUUAAGCUACUGCUUCAGUUCUACUCCAAAAAGAUUUCGUCUCUUUUUAGUCACGGUUUGUUGGUCUGUUGAGGCUUCUAGAGCUGCUGCUUGGUUUAAAGAAUUGGAUGAUCUAGAGUAAGGAUGAAAUUAUUGUCUGGAAGAAGUUUUUCACUGAACCCCAAUGCCCCAAUCUUCAUUCCUUUCACUCUUCGGAAUGUGGAGGAUUUCUCUCCAGAAUGGUGGGAACUAGUCAAGACAUCGCCAUGGUUCCGGGAUUAUUGGCUGAGCCAACAUCAAGAAGAUGAUUUCAACAACACUAUUGACGAUGAUUUAGGCGAUGUGGAAGAGUUCCUUGAUCUGGAAGAAGCAGAGUUUGAGGAUAUGAUUCAAUCAAUUGAAGCUGAUGAGAAGCCCGAAAAGGUGGACCAAAUGGUGCUGAAGAAUCACAUAAAAGGUUCUGAAAUGGAUGCUAAAAAAGUAUUGAAGGACCUAGCCAUUCCAAAAUCUCCAAAGAAUAGAGGUCCAAAGUCCCCAGUUGGUCCUUCAAAGUACAAUGUGAAGCCAGCCAAGUGCAUCGGCCCAAGGCGUGCUCCAAAAUUUAUUCACCAGCCUCGUUGAAAGAGAUGCAAACUGGAUAUCAGAUUGCAGUUGCAGCGAGCCCGCAUAUGGCAUGAGUACAAUCGUCGCGAACCCGAUACGGGUAAUGUAAGUUUCACUAAAUGAUGGUUUUUCUUUUUAUACUAGGAGUCAUUCACCAGCCUCGUUGAAAGUGAUGCAAACUAGAUAUCGGAUUGCAGCUGCAGCGAGCACACGGAAUGAGUAGAAUCGUUUUAUCACACGGGUCUUGUAAGUUGAGUUUGUUUUAGUAGGUGAGAAUUGAAAUGGCCUUCACAUAAGUUUUUCAUCAAAUCACUUUUGCUUUUGUGUAUAUAUGAUGAGAUCACAAGUCAUAUGUAAAAUUAUGUAUCAAUUGUCACAGUCUUGUUGUCCAUCUGUAUAGAUUAUGAGUACUUUCUGGUCCUCUGUUUUCAAAACUUACCAUUAUAUCAUUCUCAGUAAGAGCUGCCUCUGUUAAUGGGUUGUUUCA